GCGAGGGGUGAAAACACACCAAGCUCUCGUCUAAGAAAUAUCAUUGAACAUGAACAGUCGAUUCUCAUAUCUGUAACAGCAUAUUUUAACCCAUAAUAACGUAUUUCUGCUUUAAAUAAAAUGAGUCCCGGGCUGGGUCGUGAUCCUUUGCCAUCAUACAACAGCAGUUCUAUCGGAAACCCCGCACUCUGUUUGUGGCAACAGCCUCAACACAUUUUAUUCCAGUUGGCAAAUUUUUGCUUCGCAUUGUCGUACUCGGCGCCGUCCUCGAAAAAGGGGAUUCUGUUCAUGCAUUCGGUGCUAAUAAUAGGUUUCAUGUUACUAUCAGGAUGGGCUUGGCACGUGAUCUGCGCACCAGAUAUCUUCUCCUGGAAUUUCAGUUUUUUAUUACUAAAUAUUGGUCAAUUAGUAUAUAUCAUUUAUCAAAUGAGACCCAUCAGAUUUGAUCCCGAAUUGGAAGAAGCUUAUCACACGCUCUUUUAUCCCUUCAAAGUCUCACGAAUACAAUUCAAGCGAUUAGUAUCUCCAGAAUUUGCGACGAUAAUGUCUCUUCAUGCUGGCGAGGCGUAUGCGAUGCAGAAUCUAACAAGAACAGAUAGAUUAGGCUUGCUACUCACUGGAAAAGUCAACGUCUUAAACGAAAUCAACGGUUUUCUACAUCCGAUACUGCCAUGUGAAUUUUUGGAUUCACCGGAAUUCGAAAGCUCUCGAGCUUCCGUCGACGAUAAAUUUAAGGUAUCCAUCAUAGCGGCGAGUUCUUGCAGAUAUUUGUAUUGGCAACGAUCAGCCUUGGAAUAUUUGCUAGUGAAGGAAACCUAUCUUGCAACCGUCUUAACUACACUGGUGGCACGGGAUAUCGCAACGAAGCUUUACGCAAUGAAUAAUAAGAUAAUUAAUAACAAAGGAUCACACUUGGACAUUCGUCUUCCUUCUAUCAGCGCCAGCUUAGGAAUCAACGUUAACAAGAAAUCCAAGGAACGUGCAGCCAAUGACUUGACCAAGAAGGGUGUGCCGAGCAUGGAACCUCUUCCGGAGCUGCCGUCCUGCGAUGAUUUAGCUUCCAGCGGUGUGGAGAGCUGGCUUGACUCCUCCAGCAAAUAUCACAGCUGCGAGAUUGUCGACGAAGAAUAGCAUUACGCCAACUACUCGAAUCACGAGAAUUUAAUGAUGGAUGACGCCGAUGACUUCGAGCACGAUAUACAGGCCUUUGAUUACAAAAACGCGGAGAGUUGGCCAUCAUCGUAUGAUGACUAGUAAUAAAAAAAA